UAAAAAGGUACUAUAGUGUUUUAAAUACUUAUCUAUUACGUCGAACUAUUUAAAGAUUUCAUUUGUGGCGAAUAAGCCAAGUUUUAUGGAGAGUCAUUCUGCCAUCAAAACAGAUGCACAAAAGGGUUUUUUAUGGUUUGACUCAUGAGAAAUUUUGCAAAGGAUCCCUGCUCACCAUCCUGAGACCUGGCGAUGAGAUUCAAAAAGGCCUCUAUCGUCAAGGAGACUCAUGCAUAUGCCAAAUUUUCUGGGGCCAAAGUGAAUAUUUCUCCUAUCGACUGGACUUGGAAAACUUUGACAGCAACAGUGCCUGAGUUAGUUUGUGGUGAUACUUCAGUGAAAGAGCCCUCACAGAUUCUAAACUUCCUGAGAAAGCAGAGGUUUAAUGCAGACUACGAACUGAGUGCCCGCCAAGGGGCUGACACCAUGGCUUACAUUGCUCUCCUUGAGGAGAAACUCCAACCUGCAUUGUUACACACUUUCUGGUUGGAUGCUGAAAACUACUCCAAUCUGACCCGCCCGUGGUUUGCCUCCCGGUCGCCGUUCCCCCUUAAUUUCCUCGUGCCCGGUCGUCAUGCCAACAGCGCUCGCUCUCGCAUCCUGCUGACCAAAGGAGACGCGCCGUUAUGCAGAAUCACAGAGGUGGAAGGAAAGCUGUAUAGUGAUGCCAAGGAGUGCCUGAAUCUUCUCUCCUACCGACUGGGAGCAGCAAACUACUUCUUUGGCAACUUACCCACCAGCCUGGAUGCUUUUGUGUUUGGCUUUGUGGCUCCGCUCCACAAGGCCCACCUGCCCAACAGCCCCCUGCAGAGCCACCUCAGAAAGCUGGAGAACCUGACACACUUCUGCGACAACAUUCUGGCAGACUACUUCAACUCUGAACACCCGAGUCUGCCACCCUCUGUUCAGGAAACAAUGGAUGCCAACCUCCAGAAACUAACACAGCUUGUAAACAAAGAGUCCAACUUGAUAGAGAAGAUGGAUGACAACCUCCGCAGCAGCCCUCAGCACAAACCUCAUCGGCCGCAGCCCAAACCCAGUCUGGUCAUGGAAAUGAGCUCAACACCCGCGUAACACUUUAGGGAGGGAAAAACCACCUUUGUAGAUGAGACUCCUUGACCGUCGUCAGCGUUAACCGCGGUGUAACCGAUCGUGUCUAUGAAUACAAAUGGCCAAGUUGAAAGGGAA